AACUCGGAGCCGUAUACGAAAUUCCUAGUAGUCUCCUCCAUCGGCUGACGGGAGUGUCUCGGAGUCGUGGACUUAAGUUGUCCAAAACCGGCGAGCCCGCAAUCCGAGUUUUUUUUUCCCACUCGGCGAUUCCGUCCAUUCCCGAUGCGGAUCGAUAUGCAAGCAGUGAGUUCGCUUCCACGCCAAGAACCACUCUGAUCUCUCUUUGUGAUUUGAAUCUGUUCUGGCGUCUUCACUGACCAAUCCAACCGAGAAAUCACACUAUUAUGAUGAGCUAUCAGAACGAGGGCUUCUUCGAAGAGGCCCACCUCCGCGUGUCCCCCGAAGAGAUGGAGACUCUGGUCCUCGACGACCCCUCUACCGUCCCCCACGCCGGAGAUUCUCGUUCCUCCGACGCCCAUCCCUUAUCCACUCCGUCGCUUGCCUUCGCCGAGAUCGUCACCGACGAUGACCUCGCUGCCUCGUCUCCACUGUCGCUCUCUCACCGCAGGAGCCCUAGCUCCUCCUUCAAUUCAAUCCUCGAGCCCCCUUCCUAUGCCGAAGCCGUGUUUAGAUCCUUCGACGGAGGCGAAACUAACGGCCACGAUACCUCCUGCGAAGCCUCGUCCUCGUCGCCAUUGGCUUCCGAGUAUAUAAGGAUCUCCGUCUCAGAUCCGCAGAAAGUGCAAGAGCUCUCGAACUCGCUCGUUCCAGGCGGUAGCGGCUAUUAUACGUACCUAAUCACGACGAGGACGAACAUGCCGCACUUCGGCGGAGCCGAAUUCAGCGUUCGGAGGCGGUUCAAGGAGUUCGUGACGCUCUCUGAUCGAUUAGCGGAGUCGUACCGAGGUUUUUUCGUGCCGAUUAGGCCGGACAAGAGUGUGGUGGAGAGCCAGGUGAUGCAGAAGCAGGAAUUUGUGGAGCAGAGGAGGGACGCAUUGGAGAAGUACCUGCGAAGGCUUGCUGCGCAUCCCGUGAUAAAGAGGAGCGAGGAAUUGAGAGUAUUUUUGCAGGCUGAUGGGAAGCUGCCAUUGGUGAGGAGCACCGAUGUGGCAUCGAGGAUGCUUGAUGGCGCGGUGAAGCUUCCGCAGCAGCUCUUAGGGGAGUCCGGGGCAACAGUGGAUCCAAGUGAAGUGGUGCAGCCGACGAAAGGAGGCAGGGAUUUGCUGAGGAUUUUUAGGGAGUUGAAGCAGUCAGUUUCUAAUGAUUGGGGUGGGACUAAGCCGGCGGUGGUGGAGGAAGAUAAGGAGUUCUUGGAGAAGAAGGACAAGUUGCGGGAUUUUGAGCAGCAGCUCAGUAAUUUUUCUCAACAGGCUGAAUCACUUGUCAAAGCUCAGCAGGACGUUGGAGAGACAAUGGGGGAAUUGGGUUUGGCAUUUGUCAAACUAACAAAGUUUGAGAGUGAAGAAGCCAUGUAUAACUCGCAAAGAGAGCGGGCUGCCGACAUGAAAAAUAUUGCGACAGCUUCUGUUAAAGCUAGUAGAUUGUAUCGAGAAUUAAAUGCACAAACAGUCAAACAUUUGGCUAAACUCCAUGAAUAUCUUGGUGUAAUGUUAGCUGUCAACAAUGCAUUUACAGACAGAUCAACUGCUUUAUUGACAGUACAGACUCUUUUGUCAGAGUUGUCUUCCUUGAAUUCAAGGAUUGAAAAGCUUGAAGCUGCUUCAUCAAAAAUCUUUGGUGGGGACAGGUCAAGGAUACGCAAGAUAGAAGAGUUGAAAGAAACUGUUAGAAUCACUGAAGACGCUAAGAAUUGUGCAGUCAGAGAACAUGAGCGGGUCAAGGAAAACAAUAAGAAUGAGCUUGAAAGGCUAGACAAAGAGAGGCAUGAUGACUUUUUGAGCAUGUUGAAAGGGUUUGUAGUUAAUCAGGUUGGAUACGCGGAGAAGAUGGAGAAUGUGUGGAAAAUGGUUGCAGAUGAAACAAGUGGAUAUGCCAAAAAGGCCAGUGGCUGAUGCAAAAAUGUCCAGUGGUUCAGAAUGUUUCUUCUUCUUUACACCUGCGUCCGGCUGUAGUUUGUUUGUGUACCUAAUUUAAGAGACACCCAGUAGUCGUUGACUCGGCAAAGCUUUUUAAUAUGCUAGAAAUCUCCCCCCCCCCCCCCCCCCCCCCCGGCGUUAAAUUCAGUAAUGGACAAUAAGCUUCGUUAAAUCCCCAAAAUUCAAGUUUUUAUGUUCCAGGUUUAUCGGUUGCAGUGCAGCUACGUAAACUAAUUCUGGUUUCAAGCGCGGGGCUGGAUGAGAAGAUGCCGCUGCUGCACCUUUUUUAUUCUUUUUUCUGGGCAGUUGGCCUAACCUUGUAAACAUGUUUUUUUAUUUUUUGGGGGAAAUGAUAUUCCUGUAUAUAUAUUAUUUUUUUGUUUGUUGGUGAA